AUGCCAAGUGCAGCAAUAAUCGAUUCAUUUGUAACUGAUUAUCAACGUUCAUCGUUACUUAUUCCAUCGUUUAAUAAUGAUUUUUCAUUACAAUAUCAACAACAACAACAAACGCUUGAUGCACUUGGUAAAAAAAGUCAAAAUAUGACCGAAUGUGUACCGGUGCCCAGUUCGGAGCACGUUGCUGAAAUUGUUGGUCGACAAGGCUGUAAAAUAAAAGCAUUACGUGCUAAAACAAAUACUUAUAUUAAAACACCCGUUCGAGGCGACGAACCUGUUUUUAUUAUAACCGGUCGCAAAGAAGAUGUUCAAAUUGCCAAAAAAGAAAUUGUAUCAGCCGCAGAACACUUUUCACAAAUACGAGCUGCUCGUAAACAACAAUCAAGCACGAGUAGCUCAUCGAAUAGUAGUACAAGCAGUGGAAGUAAUACAAAUUUACAUAUUAAUAAUUUAAUAUUACCAAGUCAACAAACUACGAUACAAGUCCGCGUACCUUAUCGUGUUGUUGGUUUAGUUGUUGGACCUAAAGGCGCAACUAUAAAACGUAUACAACAAACAACAAAUACUUAUAUCAUAACUCCAGGUCGUGAUAAAGAGCCUGUUUUUGAAAUAGCUGGCCUACCAGAAAAUGUUGAAGCCGCACGUUUAGAAAUUGAAAGUCAUAUUGCUGCACGCACAGGACAAGCAUCAUCAUCAUCAGGUCAUCAAUCACCUGUUGAAGAUAAUGAUGAUAUGAAAUGGAUGAAAUCAAAAUUUACUCAUCAUUUAUCACUUCCAUUUAAUAAUAAUACAAUUGAUGAUAAUAAUAAUAAUAAACAUAUUCCAUUACGCACGGUAUCUCAAUCAUCUUAUUUUCCAUUAGAAGAUAAUUCAUUAAUGAAUCAGUCAUUUGAUUUUGGUUCAUCAUUUGAUCUAAUUAAUGAACAAACAUCGGAUGAUAAUCACAAUAAUAAUAUGAAUAUUAACAAUAAUAAUAAUAAUAAUAAUAAUAAUAAUAAUAAUCAUAAUAAUAAUAAUAAUACAAUAUUUGAUUCAGUUUGGUCAAAUUUUAGUCUUUUAUCAUUGAAAACAUCAUAA